ACCCCGCCCCCAGCCCGAUGAGUUGCCUAGCAACGAUGCAACCAACCUCCACAGUGCGAGGAAACUUGGGAGCUUGCGAUCUUUCGGCUUCACAGUUUCUUCCACCUUCGGGAGUCAGCGUCAGCGAUUCCGAUUUGAGCCCCGCCCCAGGGAGCCUGCGGGCGCUGGAUUGGCCGAUGAUUCUCAACAGACAUUUCCCGAGGAACUGCCAUGUCUGGGAAUACUGCAUCUUCAUCAGAACAGAACAGCUAUGAAACCAAAGCCUCCAAUCUUCGAAUGUCAGAGAAGAAAUGUUCGUGGGCAUCUUACAUGACCAACUCCCCAACUCUCAUCGUUAUGAUUGGCUUGCCAGCCCGGGGCAAAACCUAUGUGUCCAAGAAACUUACGCGCUACCUCAACUGGAUUGGGGUGCCCACCAAAGUGUUUAAUCUUGGGGUAUAUCGGCGUGAAGCAGUCAAGUCCUAUAAGUCCUACGACUUCUUCCGGCACGACAAUGAGGAGGCCAUGAAGAUCCGCAAACAGUGUGCUCUGGUGGCGCUGGAAGAUGUGAAGGCAUACCUUACUGAGGAGAGCGGGCAGAUCGCGGUGUUUGAUGCCACCAAUACGACUAGGGAGAGGAGGGACAUGAUUUUGAACUUUGCCAAGGAGAAUUCCUUCAAGGUAUUCUUUGUGGAAUCUGUCUGUGAUGAUCCUGAUGUCAUUGCUGCCAACAUCCUGGAGGUAAAGGUGUCGAGCCCUGACUACCCUGAAAGAAACAGGGAGAAUGUGAUGGAGGACUUCCUGAAGAGAAUUGAGUGCUACAAAGUCACCUAUCGACCCCUUGACCCAGACAACUAUGACAAGGAUCUUUCUUUCAUCAAGGUGAUAAAUGUGGGCCAGCGAUUUUUAGUGAACAGAGUCCAGGACUACAUCCAGAGCAAGAUAGUCUACUACCUCAUGAAUAUCCACGUGCAGCCUCGCACCAUUUACCUUUGCCGGCAUGGAGAGAGCGAAUUCAACCUCUUGGGGAAGAUUGGGGGUGACUCUGGCCUCUCGGUGCGGGGAAAACAGUUUGCCCAGGCUCUAAGGAAGUUUCUGGAGGAACAGGAGAUAGCAGACCUCAAAGUGUGGACGAGCCAGCUAAAGAGGACUAUCCAGACUGCUGAAUCCCUGGGUGUGACCUAUGAGCAGUGGAAGAUUCUGAAUGAGAUCGAUGCUGGCGUGUGUGAGGAGAUGACCUAUGCGCAGAUUGAGAAGCAGUACCCGGAUGAGUUCGCACUUCGAGAUCAAGAGAAAUACUUGUAUCGGUACCCUGGUGGGGAGUCAUACCAGGACCUUGUGCAGCGGCUGGAGCCCGUCAUCAUGGAGCUGGAGCGGCAGGGCAACGUCCUCGUCAUCUCCCACCAGGCUGUCAUGCGCUGCCUGCUGGCCUACUUCUUGGAUAAGGGUGCAGAUGAGCUACCAUACUUGAGGUGCCCCCUCCAUACCAUCUUCAAACUUACUCCUGUGGCCUACGGAUGUAAAGUGGAAACAAUUAAACUCAACGUGGAGGCUGUGAACACUCACCGUGACAAGCCAACCGACAACUUCCUGAUUCAGAACAACUUCCCCAAGAACCAAACCCCUGUAAGGAUGAGAAGGAACAGCUUUACGCCUCUGUCCAGUUCGAAUACAAUAAGGCGUCCAAGAAAUUACAGUGUUGGGAGCCGGCCCCUCAAGCCCCUCAGCCCUCUCCGUGCCCUGGACACGCAAGAAGGGGCCGACCAGCCGAAGACCCAAGCAGAGACCGGGUUGGCUGUGCACAGGCACUCUUCUUCAGCGUCCCUCACAUCGCUUUGCUGAUGAUGUGAAGGCUGAGGCCAGACCUCUCGAAGAUCUACUACAAAGCUUGGGAUGGCAGCUCCACAGGGGCUCCAUCAGGAAGUUAAGCUGGGAUUGGACAUUUGGAGCCACCAAAAUGAGGCCUGGAAAAACAUUACAUUUCUUCCUGUCAUACCUAAUGGGAAUAUCUUACACGGGUUAACUUAACUUCCCUCUGCCUCAAAACAUCUAACGGCCUGAACUGAUCAGUGUGUAUUGUCUCUUUGCUGGGUGUGACCCCAGUUGGCCAGUCUUGUUCUGUUUCAGCAUUUAACUUCCUACUUGCAAUUGUAUCCCUGGCGGCCUGUUCUUUUCUGAAAUGCAAAUGCACCUCUUCAGAUUUGUUUCCAAGUGAGAGGGCUGCAUUGCAGCAAGCAUGUUCUGUGCUGUAAGAGCUGGUCUCUGCGUCCAUUCCAGCCGGGCAGGCUAGAGGACAUAUACACAUAUGUUAGGCGUCCCUUUUUGUCACGUUGGAAACAAGAGACAAAUUCACCAGGUGAGUGGAGGGUAUCUGAGAAAUUCAGUCGCUGAAAUGUCUCUUCUGCGGUAAUGGAAGAGCAGUGUCAGCCACCUUUUCAUGUAGAGAAGUUUUUCCUUGUUCCAGGCCCUGUAAGGGCAGGAUCUGACUGCAAGACUCCCCAGAAUGGGUCCCCGUCUUCAAAGUACCCUUUUCCUGAGUAGCUACUGUAUUUCCUACCUGAUGCUGUGUCCCCUCACAGUGGCAGAGGGAAAUGUCGUUCUCCAGUGGUUGGGAAUGAGGGCUGGAGAGAAAAGUAGGGCACCAUUGACAUUACCUGAAGAAGUAAAGAGGGUUCCUUGGGAAUCAACUCUACCAGGGAGUUCUUGCUUCAGACCAGGUGCAGGGGCACAUGACUUUCUGUGGGGUUUAUCACUAUGAUGUGGUCUCUACGAAAGCUGUGGCUGUGCCUUCGAGAGCAGCGGGUCUUCUUAUGCCUGCCUCUUAGCUGAUUGUCACUGGUGGGGUCUCCUGGUCUCUUAUGUAUAGAACACUACGGGGGGAGGGCAAGGGAGACAUGAGUCCUUGAGGGGUCCGUCAUUUGGCUUCCUGUAAAGAUAAGCCAGGUAAUUCUCUAGAUCAAUGUGAUUCUCUGUCGGUGUGAUUUUAACAUGUCACAACUCCAAAGGAGGGUAUAGAAGCUCCAAAGGAUAAAUAUCUUACAAGCAAAAUUCUUUUUUUUUUUUUUUUUUGGUAAGGA